AUGCCUCUUGUCAAGAAGCCUGGACGCAAGAGAAAUGUUGCCUCCAACGCUUCUCUAAGACCCGGUGGCUCUAAUCCAUCGUCUAAGGUGAGAAGACUCAACCCUCUACCGCCUCAAUACAACUUCACUCCGGCGGCUGUAAAUCCUACGCCUCCGACGCCUCAAGAAGAAGUCCGCGUUUCUCCCCAGCUAUCGACAUCCGCGGCACCGCAGGUCAGAAACUAUCCACCACCGCAGGUCCUUUUUCAAAACUCCGUGAAUCGAGUUGGUCUAGAGCAUCCAUCUCGGUCAUCAACCGAAGUGAUGAACAAUCCACCGGUUCAAUCGAAUCCAUUGGAAGAUUUUGCGAGAUCUCCAAAUGCAGCCUCUCACGCUCAAAGUCAUCCUUCUUCUCAAGGUCACAACUUCGCAGAGUCAGAUCCAAUGCCGGAACUCCAGGAGGACACGUUGAGGGCUCUAAACGCGAUACUUAUGGUGCCGGACCGUCAUAAGUUCACCACCGUCCUCUCUCCGGAACCGAAGCCUAACACGACUUGGUUUACUCGUGAUGCAAGAUCAGCACUGGUUCGGAAGAUUACUAGAGUUUUUACAAACAAAUUUGAUGGUCCAUACUACAAUUGGUCAUGUGUACCUCCGGAUAGACGAGAAAGAUACUUCCUUGAGUUUGCGAAAACACACACUUGGGAUCCUUUAAUAACAGGAACAGUGCAAGCGUAUUUCUAUGAGAUAUGCCAACGACGGAUGAAAAACAUGGUUAGCGACGUUAGGACUAGUCAAGUGCAACCUAGAUGGAUCGAGGGUGACCUGUGGAAAGUAAUGGUUGCUCAGUGGGAGACUGAAGAAGCACAAGAAAGGAGUCGAAUCUAUUCCAAAGCUCGCAUGUCAGACCGUAAUGGUCUCGGUCCUCACAUGCACUUAUCUGGGCCAACAUCUUAUCAACAAGUCAAACAAGGCUUGUGUCCCAACGCUGAGAUGUACCGAAGAGGUGUCCAACAUCCUCCAAUCGCUAGAAAUGAUAUUGAGACCAAACCAACACUGUUAGCUCUUGUGAAGCAAAAUCAGUUUCAUGGUCCACCGUCGGAGAACCCAGUUUACUAUUUGGAGUACUUUGAGGAUAUAUGGUACGACGAGAAUGAAUGGGGUGCUUGA